AUGCCAACGACUACUACGGAAGUGCCAACCGCUUACUUUGUUGAAGACAACGAAGAAUUGCUUCACAAUAUCCCCGCUAUGCAUCAGAAUGAUCCCAAUAUGGCUGACAUGAUGUCCCAAUUGGCCCCCCAAUUGGAGCAUAUCCAAGAUCUUGUAUUAUCAUCCCCUUCGCAGAGUAUUAUGGAGUCUCGGAUAAAUUGUCUUAGUCGGCUGAUUGGAUUCUGGCAAGAAGGAAAAGAGGCAAUGGUGCUAGUGCCGGCUAAACGGGUUAUCUUGAAGGGCAAUACAGAGAUUGAUGCUGACAAAGCGAUACGACAUCAAGAAGAGUGUACCUCCACCUCGUACGUUCCUCAUUUAAAGGAGUCACGUGAUGGUGUUUGCCUUGGCAGUUAUGGUGUUCAUCAUCAGGAUGACUUCUAUCAACAUGCUACUAAGCAGGAAAACUGUAUAUCUUAA